CUCGUGCUAUAAACACAUCGGUCUUUUAAGCAGCGGUUCGUAACCUUUGUGGUGAUCGGCAUUCCCUUGAGUCUAUAAACAAGUUUCCAUACCCCCUUGAAAUAUGUAGUUUUAUUUCUGUGUGUAGGAAAUUACAUUUAUUGUAAGAAACUACAGAAACUUCGCGCGCACCCCGGAUUAAGAACCACGGAUCUAAGACGUCGCCAAACGGCAGAAAACGAAAACACGGAAGGACGGAAUCGUAUCCUACACAAACGUUUAAUCCUUCAUUCUGUGGGGAGGUAAUCUCCUUAAAAACACUCUUACAUAAGCGAUUCCUAAAUCCAGCGCGAUCAUAAAAAAGAAUUCAAUACUCGCUACCGCAAAGAUCCUACCGUCGAUUCGAGUCACCGGCGUCUUAACGGUCGGGCGUGUGAGGGGCGGGAGGCAGGAUAAACGGAGACGAGAAAGAAGGAGAGAGAGGGAGAGAGAAAAGGUUCUCGAAACCGCAGGAUCCUUAUCGAUACCGUCAGCGCGCAAACCCGUGUCUCGUAGGUCCACGAGAUCGCCGAGGGUAGGAGGUCCGGACCAUAGGUGGAGGAAGGGAGGCGAAGAGAGGGUACCGCGGUGAGGCCCCUCCCUUGUGCCCCCCUCCCGGCGCCCGAGAGGAUCCCUCCGGUCGUCCGGCAGGACCCCCCACCAAAGGUACGACAGGACCCGCGGCCCACCUGUGCCGCGGAUGGACCCUGCACGCUUCUCCGCUGAUCCGACGCACAGUGUGCCCAUAAGGCCCAUUCGAAGUAUACUUACGAGAGCGCACGAGCCUAGCAGGCGCACGAACGAACGAGCGAACGAAGGAACAAACGAACGAACAAGCGAGUGAGUGUGCAAACAAACGAACGGACGAACGAACGAACGAACGAACGAACGAACGAACGAACGAGCGAACCGAGCGGCCGAUCGAGCGAACGAAGUGGGACCGCAGAAAAUAAUCAGCGGUGGGGGGUGAUUCAAGAAUCGACGUGGACACCCUCGCCUUCCAAAGUCAUUCACCUAACGGUCAUCGCCGCGUCAAGAAUCUUCUUCAUGUUCGUUCUUCUUCUUACCGAUCAUCCUUCCGUUAUCCGGCCGGCAUGAAGGGACUCGUUCGUUUUUCCGCUGUCAGUGUACUCCGAUCAUCCAGUAGAGACACUUGGGCCUGUCGGGAGGAUACCAAAGGCGGACAGCGGGAUUUACUCGUGUUUUCCGUACAAUAAACUGCUCGGUGACCCAAAGUGACGUUCGUUGUAUAGUGAGCAUUGUUUCGACUUUUCCCGCGCACCGGAUGUACCACGCACGGCGCCCGGUUGUUGACUGAAAUAGUGGGCCACGUUACGACCUGUGUUGUUUGGUUAGUUUGUUUCGCCAGUGACCGCUUGAUUUUCUCGACUUUCAAGGCACUGACAGUACCCGACGCACCGGUGGCUACAGCCGGUCGGUCAAAGUGCCACUGAAAUCGGUUGGUGACGGUUCCGUGGAAGGAUACGGUGGUUAUGUGUUGGAAAGUGGAUUUUUCUGGAGGACAGGAACACGUUAUGCACCAUCGCUGAUGAUCGAAGAACUUUAGAAGUUAGACCACAGUGACUAAAAAAGAUGAACCAACAAUGCAAGGUGUGCGGUGAGCCCGCGGCCGGCUUCCACUUCGGAGCGUUCACCUGCGAGGGCUGCAAGUCGUUCUUCGGGAGAUCUUACAACAACCUGAGUAGCAUCUCGGACUGCAAGAAUGGCGGCGAGUGCGUGAUCAACAAGAAAAAUCGAACAACUUGCAAGGCGUGCCGGCUCAGGAAGUGUCUCCUGGUCGGCAUGUCCAAGUCUGGUUCGAGGUACGGUCGCAGAUCGAACUGGUUUAAAAUACACUGUCUUCUUCAAGAGCAACAACAGCAGCAGCAUCAACAUCAGCAGCAACAUUAUCAGUCGAGCAUGCUUACUCAACCGUUACUCCAGCCACAACUCAAACCUAUAAGCCCGCCUUUAGGUAUGCAUAUUGGGCAACGGAAGGACGAAGUUCUGAUGCUAGGCAUAGACGACUACAAGAUUUCAACAUCGCCUAGUAUCAGUUCGCCUGAAUCACACAACAGCGACAGUUCGAUAGAGAUGUCGGAAAGACGAGCGACGUACUCGGGACAUCCAGGAUACCGGCCAUUGCAUUCCCAUUUGCAACCCUCCGUGGCUGACUUGUCGGCGCUGAGCAAGGAGAUGAUGACGAACUUGCCUCUAGGAUUCCACCUGGGCGGAAUGCCCCUUUUACCUCCAGCCUUCCUGCCACCACCGAAUCUCAAUAUGUUCUCUCCAUAUCAUCUGUAUCCACCUCACGGCAACCCUCACCCUUUGGUACAUAACCACCCUACGAGCCUCAUGCAUCACUCACCAGUGAUCGAAGAAGUGCCUAAUGUGUUUGCUUCGGCAACAACCACCACCAACACGAUGCUCGAAAUUGAAAACAAGGAAUCAUGCGAGUACAAUAACAAUAACGACAGUUACGCUCACAAUCAAAACGUGCAAACCACGGUGCGAACGUCCUCCCCAAACGCAGAAACUGAUGACGCGAGUACUAAAAGAUUUUACUUAGACGCGGUGCUGAAGAGCCAACAGUCAAACACAGAGAGUCCUUCAGGAUCCACGAAGCACUCUGAAGAUGAUUCUCCGGCCUACAGCCCGGAACUUGAACCGGACAGUCCACCGCCGCAGGAUAAUCCGAUGGACCUGUCAAUGAAGCAAUUGACCUCCCCCGCGAAGGAGGAUUUCGACGAAGACGAUGAAAUGAAUAUGGGAAACAUGAGUGAUACGGGCAGUCCGCCGCGAAAAAAGAAGCCCGCUCCGAUUGACUUAACAAUAAGAUCCUAGAGAAGGAACAUUUAACGAUGCCCUUGUUUUAGGUCUUGAAAGAAAACUAGUUAAGAACCCAUAUUCGCUUCCUCGUCUGAACCUCAGCCGGCAGUUCGAAUUUAAAUUCUCGUAGAAGGUACAAUUGGAAAUCCCCGUUUCCCUCCUUAUAUAAGAAUUACCAUAUCGUAAGGGAAACAAUAGAGAAUCCACAUUCGCUUCCCCGUAUGAACCCCGGCCGGGAGUUCGGAUUUCAGUUCGCGUGAGAGAAACAAUUGAGAGUCCACAGUUGCUGCCUCGUAUGAACCUCAAUCGGGAGUUCGAAUUUAGGUUCUCGUAAGACCAAUUAAGAAUCCACAUUAGCUUCCACGUAUGAACCCAAGCUCAGAGUUUAUAUUUAAAUUCUCGUAAAAGAUACAAUUGAGAACCCACGUUCUAUUUCUUAUAUAAGAAGAAUUGAAUUCUCGUAAGAAAACUAAUUGAGCUCACAUUCGCUUCGUCAUAUGAACCCCGGCCGAGAGUUCGGAUUUAAAUAAUUGAUAGCCCACAGUCGCUGCCUUGUAUAUACCUCAGUCGGGAGUUCGAAUUUAGGUUCUCAAAAGGACACUAAUUAAGAAUCCACACUCGCUUCCACGAAUGAACCCCAGGUGGGAGUUUAUAUUUAAAUUCUCAUAAAAGACGCAAUUGAGAAUCCAAAUUCUCUUUCUUAUAUGAGAAGAAUUGAAUUCUCGUAAGGGAACCAAUCGAACCCACAUUCGCUAUCUCGUAUGAAUCCCAUCUUGGAGUUCAUAUUUAAAUUCUCGUGAAAGAAGCAAUUGAGAAUCCAAAUUCUCUUUCUUAUAUGAGAAGAAUUAAAUUCUCGUAAGAGAAGCAAUCGAACCCACAUUCGCUAUCCAACAUGAACCCUAUUUGGGAGUUCAUAUUGAAAUUCUCACGAAAGAAGCAAUUGAGAAUCCACGUUCUUUUUUAUUAUAUGAGAAGAAUUGAAUUUUCAUAGGGGAACCAAUCGAACCCACAUUCGCUAUCCAGCAUAAUCCCCAUCAGGGAGUUCCUAUUUAAAUUUUCGUAAAAGAUAAAAUUGAGAAUCCACGUUCUCUUUCUUGUAUGAGAAAAAUUGAAUUCUCGUAAGAGAACCAAUCGAAUCCACAUUCGCUAUCCCGUAUGAACCCCAUCUGGGAGUUCAUAUUUAAAUUCUUGUGAAAGAUGAAAUUGAGAAUCCACGUUCUCUUUCUGAUGUGAGAAGAAUUGAAUUCUCGUAAGGGAACCAAUCGAACCCGCAUUCGCUAUCCAGCAUGAACCUCAUUUAGGAGUUCAUAUUGAAAUUCUCGUGAAAGAAGUAAUUGAGAAUCCAAAUUCUUUUUCUUGUAUGAGAAAAAUUGAAUACUCGUAAGAGAACCAAUCGAACCCACAUUCGCUAUCCCGUAUGAACCCCUAUCUGGGAGUUCCUAUGUAAAUUCUCGUAAAAGUUGGAAUUGAGAAUCUACGUUCUCUUUCUUGUAUAAGAAAAAUUGAAUUUUCGUAAGGGAACCAAUCGAACCCACAUUCUCUAUCUCGCAUGAACCCCAUCUGGGAGUUGAUAUUUAAAUUCUCGUAAGAGAUUCAGCGAGCAUUCACAUUCGAACCCUCGUAAGAGACCCAGCGGUGCGUUUACAUUCAUAACUUUGUUUCUACAAAAGCAGAAAGCAGUCGGCCCGAAAGAAAGCCGCCUGUUUUCCAAAUAGGGCGCGCACGAGAUCGAAUACUUGAUAUUGUAAUCAAUUACGUUUUCCGUAUCCCCUCCGCGUUGCCGAUCAUCGAACGUCAAUUAGAAGACUCUCGAUGGUCGACCGAGAUUCCCAGAACAGCACCGCCGGUAUAUAUAUAUAUAUCGUUAAUUGCAUUCCGGUUGAGCUGGAAUUGCUCAUAGGCGGAGGGGCGGGAGAAUCGCGGCGACCGUCGCGCGGGAUCUCAGCGACAAAUCAUUCGUGCCGAAUCGUUAAACGUGAUCCGCACGGUCCCGCGUAAAUAGCCGCGACCGGUCGAGGGAAGAAUGAAGGAUUAACGUCUUAAUUCCGGGUAAUCACAGCGCGGGGAUCGCGAGUCGCCGAUCGAUGGCCGGCUGUUGCGCAAAAGCCAAUCGACUUUAACGAGAGUCCUCCGGUUUAAUUAACGAUCACGCGCGAGUCGGUUCUCUCUAGCGGCGAUCGCGCGAUGGAGCCGGUGACGCGCUCACGCUGCAAGCGGAGAAGAGGGCAGCGCAGCGCAUCGCGCCUUGAUAAACACGUCAAACUGCGGGGUGCACGUGUUCGGAACGUGCGUUACAAACCGGCGGUACACGUGUAGAACGUUGCCAGCCGCUUUAUCUUACAAGCGUUCGACGCCUGCCAAUGUAAACGCCUCCGUCGCGUCGCUGCGACCGAUCCGCCGCCUCUUCUCUGCUCUUUUGUCCCAGCGAGCCCAUUCCCGUGAUUCCCAGGAAUCUCCGCCGAUACGGGAACCGCGGGGCGAUCCCCGAUAGGCCUCGCCCUUGGAAUCCAUCAUUGUCCGCGCGAAUACCAGGAGCCGCGGGAAUUUUCGGUGAAAUUCCUAUUACUUUUGCCGGCCCAGACGCAUUCUACUUGUCAAGCGGACGAUACUUUUCCCGCCUCUUCAAACCCGCGCCGCCUGGGACUAGGACUCGUCGAACACAGAUUUGCUUUUAGCACGAGCAGCAAGACACGCCACGAAGACGACGACCCUCUCCGGUCCCUGAAAUGUUAGCGCCGAGGCGGCAGAAGACUUGAGAAGAGUGUCCUAUGACAAUUUCGGCGCAACGAAGAAUACACUGGGUGUUCUUCUGGAAGAAAUGACGGAUGCAAAUCAACGUCAUACUCUGUAGCUAGUUAUCAUUACGAAUUUCAUUGGAAACUGUUUAUGUGGAAGCAGCCGGAUAAAACGAUGCAAGAUUGAGGUCCGUAGAGCAUCGUUAUGCGAAGAAGCUGAUAAGCCUGUGUAUAGAAUUUGUAAAUAAUUAGCAAGCGUAUGUUUCCCGAGAGCGUUUGGUUUAACACGUUGAGCGCGGCUUCGGUCUCCGGGGACACUUUAAAUUCGAAGGCCAAUAUUUUAUAAACUAUAACAUAUUAAAAAAAGUAUAUCGUCGUGAACUUGGUGCCUUUCAAAACAAUUUUAAACAAGAGCAUAGUUUUUUCGUUGUCACUCUUGUUUACAAAAACACCUAAGUAUAAAGCAAUGACAACGGAAUAUCCGCGUUCAACGUGUUAUCGACGAGGUUGAUCGUGUGUUCCCUCGUUUCCAGCGUCCCGGCGCAACGACGAUUACUGUUACUGGUUUUCUAUACACAUACUGUUUGGUUUAGCCACUUUGUUAACGAGGUAGUCAAUGAAAUGGCCAGUAUUUUAUGUUUUGGAUUGAUUAUUGUUGAUCGCGGACAUAGACUUCGAAAACGUGCAAUUAUAGGUUGUACACUAUUUAAUUAUGUCCCAUUGGCGAGUGCGGGGACAUCGUAGGACAUUUGAUUCGUAAAAAAGUAUCUCUAUUAGCGAUUAAAUUGUAUGUAUUUAAUAGGCGAACGUGCGAACGGGACCCGGGCCAGUACUUACUUGUACAUAGGUUAAUGAAUUACACUGUUCAGAGUAAUCAGAAGAUCUUCGAACGUAGAAAAAAUUAGUAUAUAUUAAGCAGUAAGUCUAUCGGAUAUUGAUUAUCAUGCACAUAAUAAAACGAUCCCCGAAUUAUCCUGAGCAGUAUAUUUCGUUGUUUUUAAAUAAUUUUAUAAAUCGAUCACCGACCACACUUUGCGAAUUAAAAAUAGAAGUAUAAUUAUACAUUAAAUACGAAUCUCGGCGUACACGUUGCUAUAAACUCUUUUUUAGACCGACGGACGAUUACGAAGCCACGCUAUCCUGCAAGUAAAGUACAAACCCAUCGAUCUUUUGUGCCUUGCUCGGGAAUGAUUUGGAAUCACACGUAUCGACAUCUAGGCUGGCCAAGAAACCGACGCACGUUGAGACUUCAGCGCACACCUGUAACGCAUCGACCAUUAAAUUGUAGGAUUAGCGAUUCAUUAGAAUUACGGAAGCCACACACUGCCACGCUGAACUAGUUAACGCGCGAAACUAGGCAGACGUAUCAUGUCGACUAUUUCUUAUAUAAAUUUCGAGAGAAAUGAGGAAAAGAAAUUUUUUUUAGAAUUACAGUCCAUUCGGAUUUCGAUUAUAAUGCGAAAAUCAAAUCGGCCGUUAGAUUUUAAAAUUUCUGAUGUUCGCGGAAUUUAGUGGAUGUUGAUAUUUGAUGAAUAAUUGGAACAAAAAUGAGAAAUAAAUAUGUUAAUUUUUAUACAAAAACCUUAGAUACAUUUUCAAUUUUAAUUGUUGUAUUUAAAUAUAAUUAUCAGAGGUUUCGUUUUAAAGAGACGCAAUCAAUGUUCAGGACCAAUUUAAUAUAA